UUCCACUAAAACCCUAAAAAAUAUAAUAAAACAAAAAGAUAAGGAAGAGAGAAUGAAAGAGAGAAUAAGAGAGCAAAGUUAAACAAAAGCUUCCACACCAUAGCUUUAAUUCUCGCCUUCUCUUCUUCCCUUCCCUUCAUCUUUUCCCUUUGCCUUUGCCUUUAUUUUUUUUUUUUUCUCUUUUUCUCUUUUCUUUUUCUUUUCUUUUGUGUGUUUUUGGCUCUGGUAUUCCCCAAGUGCAUGCGAUUCUCCACCUUGGUUUUUCCUAAAGACACAUCAAAAAAAAAAAAAUUUGCUUUAUAAAAAGAUAUCAAUCCCUUCUCCCAUGGAUUUCUCUUCUGUUCCAAUCUAUUUAGAUCCUCCUCCCAAUUGGCAUCAUCAGCAAUCAAAUCAUCAUCAUCAUCCUCAGAUAAGUAAUAGUAAUGGAUCUCCUCAACAUCAACACCUUCUUUCAUUGCCAACUCAACAACUCUCGUCCGCACCAUCAUCUCAUGUCGGUGUGGGUGUUGGUGUUGGCUCGAUCCGGCGUGGUUCGAUGGCGGACCGAGCUCGGAUGGCUAACGUACCACUACCAGAGACGGCGCUAAAGUGUCCUCGAUGUGAUUCUACCAAUACGAAGUUUUGUUAUUUUAAUAACUAUAGUCUCUCGCAGCCUCGCCACUUUUGUAAGAGUUGCCGUCGAUAUUGGACUCGUGGGGGUGCCCUAAGGAACGUCCCGGUUGGGGGUGGUUGUCGGAGGAAUAAGAAGAAUAAAACUAGACGAUCGAAGUCUCCAACAGUGGCUGCGACGAUGGCGGGUGGAAAUGAAAGUCAAGUGAUGAAUAACCAUUCAAACUCUCCUACCACUACUACAAUUCCCUUGCAUAGUAGUGCUGAGAAUCUUAUUGGUCAUUUACAGCCUCAACACCCUCACCUUUCCUUCAUGGCUUCAUUGAAUAAUUUUUCUCGAUUCGGAACAUCGGGUCUAGGGUUGAAUUUCAACGAGAUCCAGACUCAAACUAACAUUAUUGGUAACGGUGCCCUUCUGAAUCAUCAUCCGUGGCGGAGUUCCCAAAACUUUCCUCUCUCAGGUGGCCUAGAAACCCAGCCAGGUUUGUACCCGUUUCAAAUUAGCGGCGGCGACGGCGAUGAAAACAACACAACAAAUUCAAUCCUAACACCAAUUUCAAGGGGAACCCAUUUGCCUCCAGUGAAGAUUGAAGAAACCCAAGUACUGAAUUUGUUGAAAUCAUCAAAUUUGGGUAUCAAUAAUUCUGAAAACAAUCAAUUUUGGAGCAAUGGAUCAAAUGGUUGGACAGAUCUUUCAGCUAUCAGUUCUACUUCAAGUGGCCAUAUUUCUUGUGACUUCAAUCAUUAAAAGCCCCAAAUUGAUCAGAUCAUCAUCUUCAAAAUGGCAUCUCUCAGCUCACAUCUUUGUAGUAAGUUUGAUUUAUAUAUAUAUCAACUUAAUUAUUACCAAGAUUUAAAUGGUCAAGUGAUUUAAUGCAAAUUUAUUAAUUAAGUUGAACAAAUUAAAAAAAAAAAAAAGUAAAAACCCUCACUUGAUCAAUUAAAUCUCUUAUUAAUUAAGCUACUUAGGCUUUAUAGAAAUUAAUCAUAUAUUAUAACACAAAAUAUCCAGGCACUCUUCUACCUCUCUUCAGCCUCUUUGAUCAACACUCAGAAACUGAAUCUCCAUGGUAGAUAGUUUGUGCUCUCUUCUCUUUAUCUUUUUUAUCUUAUACAAAAAGAUUGUGCUUUGUAGAAAUAUUGGUUUUUUUUUUUCCAUUUCAAUUUCUUUUUCAGAAUGUGUGUGACUAUGAUUUGCUAAUGUUUGUUGGAUUUAAAUGGAAGAGUAUUGUUUUUUAUUUGUGUAUAAAAUGGAAUGCGAAAUGGUUAAUUAGGACCAUGGGAUUUAGUUUUA